AACCACUGAUCUCAGCAGAAAGUUCAGUCUCCAAACUGGGGUGUUCCAUGAAUCAGACAGAGCAGUUAAUACUCUGUUUAAGCCUCCUCCAACUCUGAAAAACCGGUACAGAACAAUGGCAGUGACAACCAAAUUGACAUGGAAUGAGGAAAAGAGUCUGCAAAAGCUGCUUGGAAAUGUUUCUUUGAGACUUCUUUAUAAAUAUAGUGUCCAUGGAGAUAGCAUUGGAGAUAUGCCUAAUAGAUGCCUUCAUCAGGGAUCCACUAUAACAUUGAUUUAUGGUCCCACAAAAAUUUAUGGUAUCUUUUUGCUUGGGCAUUGUCCUGAAAUGUCUAAAAGUUUUAGAGAGCCAAAUACUUUCUUCUCUUUUUCAUUUCAAAGGAAGAAAACAAUGGAAAUGACAGCUGAAUUUUUAAGUUCAACAUCGAAUAUUAUCUGUAAUGAAUUGAUAUUUGAGUUCUGUAAUCUCAGUAAGCAUUUAUCUCUAGAUUUAUACAGUGAAAGAAUUUUUAUGCCUACAAUUUCAAGCAAACAGUCAAAACUAAAAUAUGGCUCAUGCUCCCAAAUUACGGAAUGUGAAGUUUUUCGAGUUGAAGGAAUUAAGGAUGAUGCAGGCUACAUAAACAGGAUAAUGAGAGCCACACGGCACAGAAGUAGUCUUCUAGCAGACCUCAGAGCCUACAGGCCUUAUGCAGACUUGGUUUCAGAAAUCCGUAUUCUCUUGGUGGGUCCAGUUGGGUCUGGAAAGUCCAGUUUUUUCAAUUCAGUGAAGUCCAUUUUCCAAGGCCAUUUGACCCACCAAGCCAUAGUGGGGUCUGAUGUCACCAGCAUUACUGAACAGUAUAGGAUAUAUUCUAUUAAAGAUGGAAAAGAUGGCAUAUCUCUGCCAUUUAUGUUGUGUGACUCCAUGGGGCUGGAUGAGAAAAAGGGAGUAGGCUUAUGUGUGGAUGAUGUACCCCACAUCUUAAAAGGCUGCGUGCCAGACAGAUAUCAGUUUAGUCCCCAUAAACCAAUUACACCCAAGCAUCCUAGUUUCAUCACUUCUCCAACGCUGAAAGACAGAAUUCACUGUGUGGCUUAUGUCUGUGAUAUCAACUCUAUCGACAAUCUCUCCUCUAAAAUGGUGGGAAAAUUCAAACAAAUCCAAAAAGAAGUAUUAAACUGCGGUGUAGCACAUGUAGCAUUGCUUACUAAAAUGAAUAAUUGUAAUGAAGUUCUUCAAGACAACUUCUUAAAGAUGAAUAAGUCUAUGAUUUCUCAAAGCCAGAUACAGAAUGUCAACAAGAUGCUAGGCAUUCCUCUUUCUAAUAUCUUGGUGGUUGAAAAUUAUGCUUCAGGGAGGGAGAUGGACCCUUUAAAGGACAUUCUGAUCCUCUCUGCACUGAAGCAGAUGCUCAGGGCUGCAGAUGACUUCUUAGAAGAUUUGCCUCUUGAGUAAACAGAUGCAAUUGUGGGAAUGUUCCAGCUCUGCAUGCAACAUCAGUUGCCUUGAUUCAGACACUUGACCCAAACCGGGGUUGCUGACAGCCUCUUUGAGACUCUGCUUCUAUUCAUAUUUUGCCUUCUGGCUCUGACAACAUCUAACUGAUGGUUCCUUCUAGGAUCAGUCAUAUCUCAAGUUCAAAGGCCAACCUUGAGCAGUGGUGGGCCAACAUAUGCCCUAUUGCAAACUGCCCUUCGUAUUUCUGCACUACUUACAAUUUAAUGUCUAUGACACCUUUCUAAAUCUCCUCAGUAAAAUUAACUAUUCCCUUUCUUAUUUGUCUAUAAGACAAAUUUAAAACUCUACGCAAGUACUAAUCACAUUGAGUAUAAAAUGGUUACAUAGAUAUCUGCUUUUCUAAAAAACUGUGAGUUUUUUAAGAAGCAGGGUUUGGCUUUUACUUAUCUUUGUAUUCAUAGAAAUUAGCACAGUGCCUGGCGGGGAGCAAGCCUACCUGCUAGUAAGUAUCUCGCCCAAUUUCCCCAGAGUGAUAACAUGUAUUUAAAAUUUUCUCCUUAUAGAGAAGACUGGGAGAGAAUGAAAUGCUGGAGAUAAAUAAAGGAAGGAGAUAUUUCACUUAUCUCUGGAUGAAAACAUGAUUUAAAUUAAUUAAAAAAAACAAGUAUUUCCAAAGGACUUACAUUUGGUCUCUGUGAAAGAAAAGCUUUUCCUUUAAGGAACCCAUGCCUGAUUUUCAUGAAUUGAAUCCCAAACCAUCCUAGCCAUGUUCCCAAGGUAGAGUGGUCAAAUAAGGUUACUAGUCCAAGUCAAUAACAAGGUUGUCUUAGACAAGCAUUCCCAAAUGAUUCUAAAGUUCUCUGGGUAGCUCAAGAAGUUAGGACUAUUAAUAAAGAAAGAAAAAGAAUUCCAGAAUAUAGGUUUCAAGGUUUUUUGUGUUUUUUUUUUCCUCUUAACUUUCUUCUUCAAAUUUCUAAGGCUUUUUCAAAUGAAUAUGCUUUGGUUCAAUCAUUAUUUAUAUUAACACAGUCUAAUUUACCAAUAAUCAGAAUGAUUAUCUUUCUGGGGAAGUACUGGGUAUUACAAGGGCAAGAAUUCCUUAGGGAUAUUUAUGGAAAAAGGAAUAUUUCCUAAAGCAAAGCUGCAAGUGAAGCUGUGCUCAAAUGAAUGUCCAGGAGCCAUGAUUCAAUGGAAGAGAUGCAUGGCAUCUUUAAAAAAGAUCUAGGAAUAGAAUCAUCAUACGUAUUGAGGAGUAGAGCCCAAAGUAAAUAUUGGAAACAAAAUUAGAGUGGCAGCCAGGAUGGUCAUGAUAUGGAUGUAGGAUGCAACAGGUCCAAAAAGUAUGUUUUCUCUACAUAACCUAGGGAGGAAAACAAGCUGUGGCCGUUGUUGGUUGGGGAAGACUAAAGGUGAUUGAAGACCCACCAUUGUCUUCACGGACUAUAGGGCUAUAACUCAUCCUUCUCCGACAUGGAGUCAGCCAAAAUCUGGGCAGAGGAAGGUUUUGCUAGAUGUAAAAUUAGAUGCAAGGUGGAACUUCUUUACUCUGUUUGAAGGGGUAGCAUGGAAUACCCUUAUGAGGGAAAUAGAGACACUGAAAAGAAGUAAUGGAAUGAUCAAGAGGGAUAAACAGUGAGGGACUGUCCAGGUGAACCAACCUUGUUUGAGAGUAUAAAUAUUGAGGCUAAGUUUUUCUUUUUGUUCUAUAAAGGGCAGUGUUAGAUAAAUGAUGUCACAAUUCCAGAUCCUCCAGCUCCAUGCUAAUUUGGGAACACAAACCUCCAAUGGAGCUAACUGUAUAUUUGGAGUUUGGGUUGAAAAAGAUUGUUGAGGCGGGCCUCAAAAAGGAAUAAACUUCUCUUUUAUCUGAGAGACGACCUUCCCUGACGUUGUGUAUUCUGCUGAUCUUUCUUUACCAUCCUGAGAGACCGUGGGACUCAACACUUUGCUACAUUUUAGAGGCCAUUCAUGAUUUUUGAAAAUUCACAUAAUUGGCAAUUCAUCUAGAUGUACAGUCCAGCCAAAAUCACUAAAAUAUUUCUUGUAAAAUAGUGCUAAGGGACACAGUAGAUGAAAUAUAAGUGUAGUAUCAGAUAGAAUAUCAUCAUGAAGUGAGAGGGAUGGUGGAGAGACAGUUUAGGCACCAAUGCUUAGAAACUUAGCACAGUGGGCGGGGUAAGUGGGUUGGGUUGUGGCACUAAAAAGUGACUGUUUCUUAAUCUACGUGUCCAUCAACAGAUGAAUAGAUGAAGAAAAUGGAAUAUUUAUUAAGCCAUAAAAAGAAAGGAAUCAUGCCAUUUUAGAAAAAAUGGAUGGACUAGGGCAUUAGGCUGAAAGAAAUAAGUCAGAUAGGAAAGACAAAUACUGUAUGCCAUCACUUAUAUGUGGAAGCUAACAAAGCUGGACUUGUGGAAAUAGAUGUGGAGUGGUGGUUGCCAGCGGCUGAGGGGUGGGGGAAAUGGGGAGAUGUUGGUUAAAGGGUACAAGUUUCCAGUUGUAAGGUGAAUAAGUUCUGAGACUAAUGUGCAGCAUGGUGACAAUAGUUGACAAUACAAUAUUACAUACUUGAAAGUUGCUUAGAGAGUAGUUCUUAAAUGUUCUCACCACACAUACAAAAAGGGUACUGAUUUGAGGUGAUGGAUGUGUUAACUAGCCUUAUUGUCGUAAUCAUUUCACAAUAUAUGUGUUUAUUAAAUCAUGAUGUUGA